UUCUAAAAGGAGACACGCCCGACUUAUUGCCGCUGGGCCUCAUCUUUUUGUCCCAGAAAAAAGUUGAAGAGAACCAAAAGAAGCAGAGCGUACAUGUCGACGAAGAGAACGAAAUGGCAUCCUCCGCCGCCGCCGACUCCGAGAAUCCUCAAUUUUCCUCGCCGUAGCCGUCUUUUAAGGCCGGAGAAGCACAGAGCUAAGUUGCCGGUGGCGACAAAACCGAAUCUCGAAGCCCUCAUGCGCCAGGAGAGUCGUCGAUGCAGGGGAGAAGAGAGGAGAGCGAAAGUGGAGGAGUCGUAUUCGUCGCCGUCAGGAGAGAUAACGAGAGAUUCGGCAGAGGAUAAGUGGAAAUUCCAGGCUGAUGUCCUCCGCGCGGAAUGCAAUUUUCUGCGGAUGGAGCGGGAGGUUGCGCUCCGGAAGUUGGAUAGGAACAGAGUACAGAUGGAGUCCGCCUUGACGUCUUUGAUGGAAACGAUGAUUUCAGGAAGAAAGAAGAUCGACGGGAGGUGCGGGAACGCGCCGAUGGCGCUGGAUGAGGAGAUCGAGGAGAUACUGGCAAAGCUGGAGGAGAUCCAUGGAGGGUUUCGAUGGACAAAACUGAAGGUCGGUCGGUCUGGUGGAAACUUUGAUCGGUGUGCAUCUUCGCUUCGUCGGCGGCUGGCAACGAUGGAAGAGGUGACGAGCGUGAAAGAGAUAAGAGAAAUCUCCUAUCAGAUCGCCGAGCCCGCCAUUUCUUCUAAAGGGAAUAAGGUGGCUCUGCUUGCAUUUGAUCGAAUGUGUAAAUUCCCAGAUGUCGAGAAGCUGAGGAUGAAAAUGGAGGGGUUAUCAAAAGGAAUGAUGGAGAGGAUGGAGGAGCACGGGUUGCUUUCUCUGUCUUUCGAGUCUUCCCCGUCGGCCGCCGCAGCUGAAGCCGGCCGUGGCAACGCACGCCAUGGAUUGUUUGACAAGGAAGUUAGAGCAGUGGCCGAUCGCCGCCGUCCUCUUCGCCAGACUGAAGAGCUUGGGUCAGUAAAGCAAUUAGAGACCAUUGGCGUUGGAAGGUGCUGCAACUGCAAGAACUUAGUGGAUAAGAUCGCACAGCAGGUAAUGGCCGAAGCAGAGCAGUGCGGCGAGAUGCAGGCGAUGCUCGACAAAGUCAAGACCGACAUGGAAGAGCUUCGUUCGUCCAGAGACCACUGGGAGCACCGUGCCCUCUCCUCCGAACUCAAAUUCCGUUCCCUCCACUCUCAGAUGUUGGAGUGGAAGAAAAGGGCUCUUGAAUCAGAAAAAAUAGCAAAAGAGCUUGGUAGAGCUGAGGCUUCAUCUCUGCCAACUUUGUCUGAUCAAUUGGAUUCGGAGAUUUGCAGAUUGAAGCAGCUAAAGAUCAGAGAAAAGCAGCGGAAAUCUUUGGAAUUUCAAUCUGUGAAGGAGAAGCAUGUUGUUGUGUGCCAACGGCGUUCACCCUUUCAGGAGAUUGGGAAUCUGCCUUCCAAAAACUCCACUGCGAGAAUGUUUCGGUAACUUGAGAAAUAGCUUAUCUAUCUCUUUUACUUCAAUUCUGUUUUUUGCUUUUUUUUUUUCAGGGUCAUUAAAGUUUAAGGCUAAUCGUUAACAAAUUCUAAAACAGAAUAUGUAUUUCAUGAGACAGUUGAAAAUUUUGUUCGUGUAGAAAUAUUAAA